AUGAAGAGUAUCGUUUUCAUGAUAAGUACCGAAAACGAUAUGGUUCAUCUUCAUCCAAGCCAGUAUCACGAAGGGGACAAUCUCAAGUGUUAUCAUCAUCAUUUGAUGAACCAUCGACUUCGAGUGAUCCUGCAAUACAAUCGUGAGUGUCCAGCUGAUUCCUCCACAUCACUUUCAAGGUUUCCUACACCAUCCUGUGAAAGUAAUUUUAGAUUCGAUGAAUUAUGCUUUCUAUGUGAAAAAAAUUGGGAUCGUAGUCAUGAACCUGGUAUUAUUGUACAAGACAACAGUCUGAAAGAUCGUAUUGUUGCUAUUGCUGCCGAACGCAAAAAUGAUUUUGGAGAAAUUAUUCCACGAUUGCAAACGACUAGAUCGCUUACAGAUUUAAAAGCACGAUAUCCUACAGCUUGCUUUAAAAGCUUCAUGGCACCAUAUUGCAAGAAAAAAAUGAUAAGAAAUUUGAUAAGAUAUGUAAUCAUAAUCGAAAACAGAGGUGAAUUCAAAUUCCAGCUUUCAUCUUUAAAAUCACUAAUGAGUGAAGAUAAUAAUAGCAAAAUAGAAAAGCGUACUUUGCUUCGACAUUUGAAAAAAAAAUAUGGUGGUGAUAUUUUUAUCUUCCGUAAGCAAGGUAAAGAAACAUUGAUAUACUACAAAUACUAUGAAUUUGCAAAAAAUUGUAGUGAUUGGUAUGGUAAGAGUGAGGACCUCAGUGAAAUGGCUAAGAAAACAAUCAUCAGUAUGUGUCAAUAUGAUUAA